CUUUGCGACUUUGACUUCUUGAUCAGAUCAUCUUCCUUUUUGACCAGACAACGAGCCUCACCUUUUGACCCAACACAAUCACUUGGCAGCGUAACGGAACCUUCCACCAGACACCAGCUUUACAUCAGUCAAACAUAUCACGACAGAACUACCACAUAUCCCAAGCACGCAACCACGAAGCUUAAGCGUUCAUAACAACCCCCCUCCCCCGCGCAGCUUCCCCGCCAGAUCCCCAGCUUCGCAAACUCCAGAUUUAUCAUCAUGAGCGGAGACGAUGACUGGUGGACGUCUUCCAACGAGGCCCUCCUGGUCUCGCUCGUCACCCCCUCCGACACUGGCGUGAAAACACUGGACACGUUCCACCCAGAAUACACAAACAACAUCUUUGGCGAAAAAGAACAAAUCUUUGGCUACAAGGGUCUGCGCAUUAAUCUGCAGUACAAUGCCAGUGACAUGCUGCCCAACCUCAAGGUGUCCUACAAGAAAAAGUACCAGCCCACAGCCGACGAAGAGGCCCUCGACAUCAACGAGGUCCUGUCCGAGUUCCUCCCCGAAAUCGCCUUCCAGAAGCAAUCCGACUUCGAAACCCGGCUCAAGUCCAUUCCCGACAACUGGACCCCGCCCGGAACUCUCGUCACAAGCUUCACCAACAAAGAUGGGGAAUACGAAGUGUACAGCGGCAAGAUCACAGACCCUGCCGUCAAACAGCUCCUCAACCGCAUCCAGAUUCUCGUUCCCUUCUUUGUCGACGGAGGCACCCCUAUCGACAUGGAAGAUCCCGACGUCGACCGAUGGACAAUCUAUUUCCUCUACAACAAGCGUCCUCUUCUCAACCAACCCGACAAAUUCUCCUACCAUUUCGCUGGCUACAGUACCCUCUACCGAUACUAUGCCUUCCAACCACCCGCCGAGUCCGAAUCCAAGACCCCGACCGAUACCCCGACCUUCUCCGUCGACGGCGACUUCGACCUCGACACUCUCCCCUGCCGCACCCGCAUCUCCCAGUUCAUCAUCAUUCCGCCCUUCCAGCAAAAGGGCCUCGGCUCGCGCCUCUACAGUAUUAUUUAUCAGCAAUAUCUUAAGCACGAGCCUACCAUUGAGUUGACGGUGGAAGACCCCAACGAGGCCUUCGAUGACAUGCGCGAUCUCGCCGACCUCGCAUUCCUCAGCAAACAACCCGAGUUCCAAGCGCUCAAGAUCGACACCAGCGUCGAGAUUCCCGAGGAGGGCAAAGCACCCAGCAAUAUUGUCGACCAAGCAGCCUGGGAAGCCUGCCGAAAGAAGUUCAAGAUCGUGCCUCGGCAGUUUGCCCGCGUGCUCGAGAUGUACCUGAUGUCCCAGCUCCCCGAGAGCGUCCGGCCAGGACUGGGCGCUCCCGAGGAUGAGGACUACGAGGAGCAGAGCGGCAGAAGCAAGAGCAAGGGCCAUGAAAAGGCCCUGCCAAAGCCCACCCCCGAAGACGAGCAUACGUAUAGGUUAUGGAUGAUGCUCGUCAAGCGGAGGCUAUACGUGCACAACAGGGACGCGCUGGGCCAGCUGGAGCUUAAGGAGCGCAGGGAGGAGCUGGCCAAGGUUUUUGCUGGUGUGGAGUUUGAUUAUGCUCGGUUGCUGAUCAAGGCUGAGGAGCAGGGCAAGCUGGCUCAGGCUGAUGGUGAGACUGCCGGUGAUCAAGUGCCGGCUACUCCUUCUGCUGCUAAUGGUAAGCGCAAGUUGGACGAGGUUGAGCAGGCGGAGGGAACAGCUGCUGCGUCGAGCAAAAAGGCCAAGGUCGAGAGCGGACAUGCAUAGAGCCUACCUCUCUACCCAUGUCCAAGUCCAAAGUACAGGAGGGAUGGGUGGUCAAUGGUACCUGUAGGGGUUUGAGCAUCGAAAAUAUGGCAUUUUUCCCCGUAUGAUAUGAGGUGGUAUCCAUAAUGCAUACUAGCCUAAGUAUGCUUGGGGUGGAUGUCUUGCACAUAGGUUGAAAGUAGCAUUGUUGGUGCGAGCAUAUGUUUUUCCCUGUAUGACUCUAUUUGUUGUUUGUUUGUACAUAUUGAAAGGGCGUCUGGCGCCUUUUUAUGUUCUCUAACUAUCUAUGAACCUCGACCCAUUCUUUCUGAGGGGGGUUGGAGAUAAAUAAUGUCAUGAACCUCCGUGUGCGGUUCACUAUCCACCUGUCUGUCUACCUUUGGUAUUUCGGUUUCGAGACUUUCUAGGUUUUCCGUCUAGAGGUAGGCUUUUACCAACACCGUCUAGGACCUCCCUUCGGCAGACCCCGCCCACUCCAUAUCCUCACCUCCCCUUUUCUCUAGGGCUCUAAUGCCUAGUACCAUUGACAUUCUUCGCUCCCCCUCCUCCCAACAAGCUCGCAACAACCGUCGCCUCCCUAACCGCCCUCGCAACCGCCGCUCUAACCCCACCCUCUUCCAACACCAACAACCCGCCAAUCGUGCACCCGCCCGGCGUGCUCACCUUCUCCCUCAAGAUCGCCGGAUGCUCUCCCUCCAGCACGAGCCCAGCAGCACCCCUCAUGGUCUGCGCCGCCAUCCUGUUCGCCUCCGCCCUAGGCAACCCCAUCGCCACACCUCCAUCCGCCGCCGCCUCCAUCAUCAGCGCGAAGAACGCCGUGCCCGAAGCACACAAAGAAGUGCACGCGUCCAUCAAGUGCGGAGGCAAAUACACGACCUCGCCGAUCCUCUCAAAAAUCCACGUCAGCAGCUCCGUGACGGUAUCCGGCAGCGGGGGGUCAACCGUGUUGAUAACCGUCAUGCUCUCUCUGAUCUUGCUGGCCGUGUUGGGCAUCGCGCGCACCACAAUCGGCAAGUUAUCAGCGGACAGUCCGACGUCCUCGCGCAAGACCCGCUCCAGGUCCGGAACCGUCACGCCCGCGCAGAUGGAAAUGAUGAUCUUUUGGGACCGCGCGUGGCCUUCGGUGUGCUUGACUGUCAGAGCAUCUUUCAUGCCGGAUGCGGAAAGUAGGCCAGAGACCAUGUAGGGCUUGCACCCGAGGAGGAUGAUGUCGGCUUCGGCGGCGGCGGAGACGUUGGAGGUGGAUUGGAGGACGCGCAGAGUAGAAACGGAGGGCUUGACGAGCGGGGAGAGGGCGGACUCGACUUUGGCGACGGAGGAU